CACGUGAUAACCACGAGCCAAUGAAGAGGAGCCUUGUCGUGACGUCACGACCGUGCGUUACGAACGUGCGGAGCGCGGCGCGAGGUUCGUGGGCCCCCCCCUUUCCCUCAACCCCCCGCGGCCCCCGCCCGCCAGGUGUAACCCUGCAGAGUGUGGUGAAACAAGAUGAGUCAUCUCGGUGGCCAAGCCGAGGGUGGACUUAAUGUGACGCUUACAAUUCGUCUUCUCAUGCACAGCAAGGAAGUGGGAAGCAUCAUAGGCAAGAAAGGGGAUUUUGUGAAGAGAAUCCGUGAUGAGAGCGGGUCUCGUAUUAACAUCUCGGAUGGGAACUGUCCUGAGCGCAUUGUCACGGUCACUGGUCCCACCGAGGCUAUUUUCCGUGCUUUCACAAUGAUGACCCACAAGCUGGAGGAGGACAUGAUCAGCACGAUGGCAAACAGCGUGGUGAUGAACCGCCCACCGGUCACCUUGCGCCUCGUGGUGCCGGCCAGCCAGUGCGGCUCUCUCAUUGGCAAGAGCGGGAACAAGAUCAAGGAGCUGCGAGAGUCAACAGGUGCCCAAGUGCAGGUGGCUGGAGAUUUGCUGCCAAAUUCUACCGAGCGGGCCGUGACCAUCUCUGGCACACCAGAUGCCAUCGUGCAGUGCAUGAGGCAGAUCUGCCUUGUUAUGCUGGAGUCUCCUCCGAAGGGUGCCACGAUCCCUUACCGCCCCAAAACAUCCACCACCAACAAUCCGGUUAUUUUUGCUGGAGGCCAGGCCUACACAGUUCAAGGACAGUAUGCUAUCCCCAAUCCAGAUCUGACAAAGCUGCACCAGUUGGCUAUGCAGCACACUCCAUACACUCCUAUGACUCAGCAAACCCCAACGGGCUUCUCCCCGACUGCUGAGGGUGUUGACUCGAAUAGCCAAAUCAGCACACACGAAAUCAGCAUUCCAAAUGAUUUAAUUGGAUGCAUCAUUGAACAAGGCUCAAAGAUCAAUGAGAUUCGUCAAAUGUCUGGUGCUCAGAUUAAGAUAGCCAAUGCCAUUGAGGGAUCUACUGAUCGGCAGGUCAUCAUUACGGGAUCCUCAGCCAACAUAAGUCUGGCUCAGUACCUCAUUAAUGCAAGGCUAACGUCCGAGGUGUCUGGCAUGGGGAAUGUGUGAGAGAGACUCCCCCCACACUGAGGGCUCCGCAGCUGCUGUCCAUGGCCCGGGGCCCCUCCCUGACCGUCCUACACCUCGUCCUCGGUUCUCCAGCAAAUAGAUGUGUUUGUGUGGUUAUGUACCAACAGACCUAGCUUUUCUUAAUGUUUUUUUGUAUACCAGCAUUUGAUUUUGUGAUCAGAAUGCUAAAUAUAUAAGCAUAUAUAUGUAGUGGAAUUAUUUGAUUUAAAACUAGAAAACAAAUAAAAAACAUAAAAUGAACACUAUAAAGUGGCAGUGGUGCAGGAUUUAAGAUGUGUUGUGUAUUUUAAAGGUCUAGUUUAUUCGUUUGCCAUGAAGUGAUGGCAUCGGUUUUUUUAAAGUUGCCUGUGGUGACUGGGCUCAAUGUGUGUACAUUCGAUUUUCUCUUCACUCGGGCGAUGUAGGAAACGGUCACAACAAGUGGGAGUUCCUCCCAGUUGAUCCCAACUCCCUGCAGAUGGGUGGCCAAAUGGCAAAGGCAGAUGUGGCAGCAGCAGCAGCAGCAGAGGUGUAUGGCUCUGGCUGAUUUGUAAUGGUACUGUGGGAAAUACUUUUCUACUGUGCCAGUAGCUAGAAGAUACACUGGUAGGCAUCGAAUAUUACUUUUGGAAUAUCCUGGCAAAUGCCUCAAUUAGCUCAUUUGCCAGAUCCAAAAAUCAAAGUCGAAUUGUAAUGUGAAUUUACUUCAUGAACUGACCAAUCCAGCCCACACCUCCAGCACAUAUCUUCCACCACACCCUGCUACAAUCGCCACACGACCACUCCUCACCACACACCCUGCCAAUCAACCAAAUCACCCUGCCCCUUCCCCUUCAGUUGCCUGAUGUCUCUAUGCGUUCUAUGUAUGUAUUCUCUCCGUCUCUAUGUCCAUCCCUUUACCCGUGUGUGUACCUAUGGCUGUGUAUCUGUCUAUCUGCCUGCCCUCUGUGCCUCUGUGUGUGUGUCUAUAUGUUUGUUUGCCUUCAUCACUUCUCUGUCCCUGUGUGAAGACACUCGUGUACACUCUCCCGUGCCAUGAUCCGGGCAGGUUUGCUCCUCGCACAGCUCCACCUCUGCACCCCCCCCACAUCUGCCCCCCCCCCCACUCCAUUUACCCUUCCCCACACUUCGUUCCAUAAGUAGAAUGGGGGUAGUCACGAGACGAUCAUUGCUCAAAACCAUGAACAUUUGGUGUCGCAUUUCUCUCAGUUUCUCGCCAACCGCUUCGGAACAGUGAAGCACAUCUGAGUGCAUCUCAUUUAAAGUGUAUAUUGUAUGUAAUGACAUCUUCUCGGUGACUGAUGGAUCACCCACCGUCUUGUGCAUGCAUCAGUUUGUAGAACGUGCAAUAUACAGCCUGUGAGGCCUACUUCUGGUUUCAAAUGCAAGACAAGAGUGGUAAAGAAAAACUACAAUUAAAUUCCCGAUUUUUCCAUGCAUAAAGGUUACAACAAGUCCCGCACCGAUUAUUGUUGUUGGCUAUGUACAGUGCGAAAGAAGUUCAGCAUACAUACAAGUGAAAUGUUGAGGGACGGACAUUGCACGUCUCUUCACAACUAGAUUUUAUUUAAUUUCCGGAGUGUAACCCACUUGCAAACUUCUACCCAAUACAUCUUAUAUUCGUA